CAUCACUAGUCAAGCAGACUUCAUUUAGAGCGCCUAUCUGGGUCCAGCGGUCUCUCUCGGAUGUUAUACCCAUGCAGAUACCUCGGCGGAGAUACCGGGAUGUGUACGGAUGUGUAUGAGCAAGACAACACUGACUUUUCCUCAAACUUGUAGCAGCCUCCUUCAUUCAGCACAAAAUGGAACACUCAGUCCUCAGAAUAACAUGCGUCUUGGUGGUUAUCUGUCUCUUGGAUAAAAGGGUAGACUCCAAUGAAAUCUUGGGCCUGAAGCUCCCCAACAUCGACCCAAUCCUGAACGCCAACACGGUGUGUCUCACACUGCCGGGUUUGACUCGGCGCCAGCUAGAGGUGUGCAUGCGCAACCCAGAUGUGACGGCUUCAGCAAUACAGGGAAUCCAGAUUGCCAUCCACGAGUGCCAGCACCAGUUCAGAGGUCACCGCUGGAACUGCUCCAGCCUGGAGACUAGGAACAAAAUACCCUACGACAGCAUAGUCUUUAAAAGAGGUUUCAGGGAGAGUGCCUUUGCGUAUGCCAUCGCAGCAGCAGGCGUGGUGCACGCAGUGGCAAACGCCUGCUCCAUGGGCAAACUGAAGGCGUGCAGCUGUGACGAGAAGCGGCGUGGGGACGAGGAGGCCUUCCGCAUAAAACUGCACCGUUUGCAACUAGAGGCCAUCCACCGGGGGAAGGGUAUGGUACAUGGUGUCAUGGAGCACUUUCCCGCUGACCUGCCGGGCCCCCAGGACUCCUGGGAGUGGGGUGGCUGCAGCCCCGACGUGGAAUUCGGCGAGAAGUUCUCAAGGGACUUCUUGGAUGCCCGUGAAACCUACAAGGACAUCCAUGCCCGUAUGAGGCUGCAUAAUAACAGAGUUGGGAGACAGGUGGUGCUCGACCACAUGAGAAGGAAAUGCAAGUGCCACGGGACGUCGGGCAGCUGCCAGCUGAAGACAUGCUGGCAGGUCACCCCCGAGUUCCGGGUGGUGGGCUCAAUACUCAAAGAGCGCUUCCACAUCGCCACGCUCAUCAAGGCUCACAACCGAAACACUGGACAGCUCGACCACUCCAACCACAACAACAACCACCACAACCACCAUAACCAUCACAACCACCACAACCACCACCACCAUCACCAUCAUCAGAACAACCACCACAAUCACCACCACUCACAUCGGCGGCGACCAAGCAUCAAUGAGCUGGUCUACUUUGAAAAGUCGCCAGACUUCUGUGAGCGCGACCUGGGAUCGGACUCAGCAGGCACGCAGGGCAGGAUCUGCAACAAGACCAGCCCCGGCAUGGACAACUGUGAGAGUCUGUGCUGCGGGAGAGGCCACAACAUCCUACAGCAGACGCGGAGUGAACGCUGCAACUGCAAGUUUCACUGGUGCUGCUACGUGGUGUGCGAAGAGUGCAGGAUAACAGAGUGGGUCAGUGUCUGUAAAUGAAGAAACACACACUAAAAGACUGUACACAAUAAAGAACACAAAGAAAAUGACUUUUUUUUAAAAUCAAGACUAUUAAUUUGAAAGGGGAAUAUGACUGUAGUAUAUGUGCCCCAUACCUUUUUGCGGUGGACUGCUGUUUUCCAGAAGAGCGAGGACAGAGUGCGAAGCAGUUGAGCCAGCAGAAAGAUAGAUGCGCAUGUUGGUAAAGAGUGUGCACAUGUGGCAUAUGUCUAAAGCUGCCACAAUGCAAAAGAGCUUGGAUGUUUACUACCUUCCUCUUGAGACAAAAGGAACAUAGUUAUAUCAGAUAAAUAUCUGAAAGCUCCAUGGUGACUGACAUACAGCUGCAUGAGACUCAGGUGAGCAAAGAGGAAGUAGAGAGUAAGCAGUAGAUUGCAUGCAGAGCGAAAAUCAUAUUGCUUCAUAGCACCAGCAGUAUAUAAGGUGGAAAGGUUGAGACAAAUAUAGACCUUUUCACACAUCAGGAUUCACAAUGCACAGGAUUUGACACAGCACAACACAUCUGGAGCACUUAAGGAUUUAGUGCCUUGUUCAAGGGCAGUUCAGAAGUUUCAGUGUUUAUAGCAACUAUCGUGUUACACCUAAAAAUACAGCAGGGCUCAAUUGACACUCUGUAGAUGUAUCAGUCAGUCUUACUAUGUUGUAUGCAUAACAUGUGAUCCUGCUAACAGCGAUGGCACCCCGCAAUAAAUACAUUCACAUGAGUCCCAGGACACUCCGGACUAUUUAAAUGAGCAAGUUCCAUUUGAGGACAUUACAGCAAUGAUGAAUCAGAGUGGCUGAAGCUGAGGUCAACCAAAAGACAGAUCUGAAAGUGUCAUUGUUGGUACGAUUCGUCGUAUCAGACCCUUACAACCUAACUUCCUUCCUUCUAGUAGACGAUGACAAAUUAAAUCCACACAUACCAGCUUCCAGUAGAGUCAGGAGAAGCACUAGUUAUAAUGUUAAUUUUGUGAAUCUAUUCAACAACCAUUGUGACAAGAGGUUGUAUAGCUGUUUUGAAAUAAUAUAUUACCCCAAAACAGAGCACAGAUACAUUGUCCAAAAUGUUCCAUGUGUUGUCUGUGUUGUGUGUGGUGUGUUAUAUGUACGAGGACUGUCAGAGCAAAGUGCACAGUGGACCUUUAUUUAACAAGUACAGUUCUCAUCUUCAGCAUGACCUGAACAGCAUUGUAAAUAAAACUGAAUAAUGCUGCACAAAUACCAUCAAUAAAUUUAAAGCGCCUCAGGAAACUGAGCGCAUAUGAACAGGCUUCAGUUCCUCACACCAUAGACAUCCUAAGCUGCCAUCAGUCAAAGUGUUUCCUGUUUUGUGAUGCAACAUACUGUGUGCGACACUGUAAGCUUCUUGUGGUGUAUCUACACUCACCUUCUUCACACGUCGUCGAUGUGUGCAAAUAGGGAUAUUCUGAUGUCAACUUCAAGGUAUAGAAAUAGCAAAGUUGAUACGGAUUCCUGCCUGUGCACAUUUUAAUAUUAAGAUCAUAUUUGUUCUCGAGAAAUGUGUAUGAGCGAGGCUCCUUAUCAGACUGUAAUUUAUUUCAAGCAAAUAUUUUUCUGUGUUGAAAGCAGAGGAGAGAAAAAAAAAUCUGGAAUUGUGUUUCCAGUGUAACAGAUUAUUUUGAUCCUGAUAAGUAGUUUGCACAUACAGAACUGUGUCCAGGAAAACUCUGGGAGAUAUCAGCAAUAUGCAUUUUUCUUCAUGUCAUAAAUGUAAUGUAUGUAUGUAUGUAUUUUUAUGUUUUAAUAUGGUUAUUAUCUAAGUUAUUUUAUUUUUGUGGAUAACUUAAUAUUUGUAAGACAAUAAAGAAAGACCAUAAUAUUGAA